CUCCUCCCUCUUACAAGUGGCCGCCGCCAGCCGCCGCCGCCGAUCAGAUCUCCGCCGCCGCAAAAAAAAAAAAACAAUUAUUUAAAAAGAAAAAAGUUUGAAAAUGCCUAUUCAUGUUAUGGGUCAGCCCAAAUUUGUGAUUGAAGCAUCAGAGGCGGAGUCCAUGGCCCAAUCAGUGGGCCUUCCCGGCGUGACCCAUCUCCUUCCGGCUCUCGUGAAGCCGGCUCAGGCACUCGCCCGCCCGCCCAUCUCCAACUUCCACGUCGCCGCCGUUGGCCUCGCCUCCGACGGCCGCGUCUUCAUCGGAGUAAACGUGGAGUUCCCCGGCCUGCCGCUCUCCCACUCCGUCCACGCCGAGCAGUUCCUCGUCACCAAUCUCCUCGCCCACGGCGGGCCCCGCCUCGUCUCCCUCGCCGUCUCCGCCGCCCCCUGCGGCCACUGCCGCCAGUUCCUCCAAGAGCUCCGCUACUCCUCCUCCCUCCAAAUCCUCAUCUCCCAAUCCGGAGAUGACGUCAUCCCCCAACCCGGUGACGUCACCUUCAAACCCUUGUCCCAAUUCCUCCCCAGCCAUUUCGGACCCUUCGAUCUUCUCGAUCACGAAUCCCCUCUCCUCCUCGAGCCUCACGACAACGGCUUAUCCCUCAGCGAAAUCGUCGGCGACUCCAAUUUCGCUUACAAUUCGAUCCUUCUUAAGAUUUCGGCGCUCGAGGCGGCUAAUGAAUCGCACGCUCCUUAUAGCCAUUGCCCCUCCGGCGUCGCAUUGAUGGAUUGUGAAGGGAAGGUCUAUAAGGGCUCUUAUACGGAAUCCGUCGCUCACAAUCCCAGCCUUGGCCCCGUUCAGGCGGCAUUGAUCGCCUUCAUCGCCGGAGGAGGCGGCGGAUUUGAGCGGAUUGUGGCGGCUGCGCUGGUGGAGAAGGAAGAUCCACCGGUCAGGCAAGAAGACACUGCUAACCUACUCUUGAAGGUGAUUUCUCCCAAGUGUGAAUUCAAGGUUUACCAUUGCCCUUCUGAUGCAAAUCUCUGUAAAAAGGCUUCAACCUGAUCUGAUUCACAUCAGUAACUUUCACUAUUCAGUAAUCAACACCAUGGAAUUGUAUGUUCCCCACUGUAAAAUACCAAUCUAUGUGAUGAUGAAUCAAUAAAUGGAAUAACAAAUUUAACUCAA